ACAUUAACUAAUCUUCAUUUCACCGUAAUUUGUACUUUUGUGUCAUCAAUCCUUUCCCAAUGACAAAUCCCCAUUAUAUAAUACUCCUACUUCUUAUUACGCACCUCUUUCCCUUUCUUCCAGUUUCUGCUUCCCAUUUCAAUGCCACAAACACCCAUUCAUUGUUGCCUACAAAAUAUUUGCAAAAAGCAAAUGAAGUGGCUUCUCUGUUGACAUGGAAGUCCAGCCUUGACCUCAAAAGCCAAAAACUAUUGUCAUCGUGGGUGGUUGGUGGUAGCCACUGCAAUUGGAAUGGAAUUCACUGUAGUGCAGAUGAAAGCAUUACAGGCUUGAACCUUACUGGUUACGGCUUACGAGGUACGCUUAAGGAUUUAAACUUUUCGUCCUUGAGCUUUUUAGAAAUAAUUGAUCUUUCUAACAACUCUUUCCAUGGUUACAUUUCUUUUAUUAAAGAAAUGGCAAAUUUACAAAAUUUAAAAACCCUUUAUCUUUGCAAAAAUCAAUUUUUAGACUACAUCCCUCAAGAAAUUGGGUUGUUAGUAUCACUUGUAGAGUUGGUGUUGUAUCAAAACACUCUCACGGGCCAAAUUCCCACUUCGAUUGGGAACUUGCAAAACUUAAAAUUGUUAGAUAUUUCCAACAACAAUCUUUCAAGACAAAUCCCACCACAAAUUGGGUUGUUAAAAUCACUUAUAGAAUUGGAUCUUUCAUCAAAUGCUCUGACGGGUAAAAUUCCUCCCGAAAUAGGGAAUUUGUCAAUGUUGACAAAUUUAUCCCUAUUUCAAAAUCAACUCUAUGGACCCAUCCCUAAAGAGAUAGGGAAAUUGAGAUCUCUUCAAAGCUUAAGGUUGGACUCAAAUAACCUUAGUGGCAAAAUUCCCACCACAAUUGGAAAUUUAAAAAGGUUGAAAUGGUUGAAUCUUAAACACAACAAUCUAUCAGGUCAUAUUCCUGGAGAAAUUUGGUUGUUAAUUUCACUUGUAGAGAUGGAUUUCCGAUCAAAUGCUCUCACAGGUCAUAUUCCUACUUCAAUUGAAAACUUGAGGAAUUUGACUAUAUUUUAUCUUGAUGAGAAUCAAUUUUCUGGCAAUAUUCCUCAAGAAAUAGGGAACUUGUCACAAUUGGUAUAUUUAUCUUUACUUGGAAAUAAACUCUAUGGAUCGAUCCCUAAGGAGUUAGGAAAAUUGGCAUCUCUUCAAGGGUUAUGGUUGUACUCAAAUAACUUUAGUGGUCAAAUCCCUCAAGAAAUUGGGUUGUUAAAAUCACUUGUAGAGUUAGAUCUUUCAUCAAAUGCUCUCACGGGUCAAAUUCCUCUAGAAUUAGGGAACUUGUCAAUGUUGGUAAAUUUAUCCCUAUUGCAAAAUCAACUCUAUGGAUCUAUCCCUAAAGAGAUAGGAAAAUUGAGAUCUCUUCAAAGUUUAAGGUUGGACUCAAAUAACCUUAGUGGCCAAAUUCCCACCACAAUUGGAAAUUUAAAAAGGUUGAAAUGGUUGAGUCUUAAACACAACAAUCUAUCAGGUCAUAUUCCUCGAGAAAUUUGGUUGUUAAUUUCACUUGUAGAGAUGGAUUUCCGAUCAAACGCUCUCACAGGUCAUAUUCCUACUUCAAUUGAAAACUUGAGGAAUUUGACUAUCUUUUAUCUUGAUGAGAAUCAAUUUUUUGGCAAUAUCCCUCAAGAAAUAGGGAGCUUGUCAAAAUUGGUAUAUUUAUCUUUACUUGGGAAUAAGCUCUAUGGAUUGAUUCCUAUGGAGUUAGGAAAAUUGACAGCUCUUCAAGGGUUAUGGUUGUACUCAAAUAAUCUUAGUGGCCAAAUCCCUCAACAAAUUGGGUUGUUAAGAUCACUUGUAGAGUUAGAUCUUUCAUCAAAUGCUCUGAAGUGUCAAAUUCCUAGAGAAAUAGGGAACUUGCAGAACUUAAAAGUGUUGUCCCUAAGCAACAACAAUCUAUCAGGGCAGAUCCCUCAUGAAAUUGGGUUGCUAAAAUACCUUGUGCAUUUAGAUCUUGCAUCAAAUGCUCUCUUUGGUCAAAUUCCUCCUGAAAUAGGGAACUUGUCAAUGUUGGUAAACUUAAACCUACAGAUAAAUCAGCUCUAUGGAUCCAUACCAAAGGAGUUAGGAAAGUUGAAAUCUCUUCAAGGGCUAAGGUUGCAUUUAAAUAACCUUGUUGGUCAAAUUCCAUUUGACUUCAACAAUCUCACUAAUUUGAGGAGUUUUCAAAUUGGCAAUAAUCAUCUCACCGGAUCUUUGCCUGAGAAUAUAUGUUUUGGCCCGUCACUUGAAAAUGUAUCUAUUGCAUACAACGAAUUUAGUGGAAAGGUUCCUAAAAGUUUGAAGAAUUGUACAAGCCUUUAUAGAGUCAGGCUUGACAGAAAUGAGAUUUAUGGAGAUGUAUCAAAAGAUUUUGGGAUAUAUCCAAACUUAAAUUAUAUAGAUUUGAGUUAUAAUAACUUACAUGGCCAACUAUCUUCAAAUUGGGCUCUUUGUCCUAGACUCACGGCUUUGAAGAUGGCGAGCAAUAGAAUUUCUGGAAAUAUCCCACAUGAUCUCGGCAAUGCAUCUCAACUAGAGUAUCUUGAUCUCUCAUCAAAUCAGUUGGUUGGAGGGAUUCCCGGAAGUUUGGGAAAGCUAAGCAAGUUAUAUGUCCUAAAUUUAGAUAAUAACAAACUUACUGGCAACAUACCACUAGAAGUUGGGAAACUAUCUUGGCUUUCAGAGCUAAACUUAGCUUCAAAUAUGUUUGUUGAUUCAAUCCCCCCACAAAUUGGAAGAUGCCAGCGCCUAAUUACAUUGAAUCUAAGCAAAAAUAUGCUAGUGGGCAGGAUUCCUCUUGAUAUGCUAAGCCUAAAAUCCCUUGAAAAUCUCAGUCUCAGUCACAACAUGCUCUCUGAUCAGAUACCACCACAGGUUGGAGGAUUAACAAACUUACAGACAAUGGAUUUAUCUCACAAUAAUCUGUCAGGCUCCAUCCCAUCAAGCAUUGCUCAAUGUGUAGCUUUAGUUUCGAUUGAUAUAUCAUACAAUCAGUUGGAAGGUCCAAUCCCGAACACUAAAGCAUUUUUACAAGCACCAUAUUCUGCCUUGAGUAAUAAUAAAGGUUUAUGUGGCAAUCAUUCCGACUUAAAGCCUUGCUUCCGGCAUAGUCAAAGUGAUAGCACGAAUAGAAAUUUGGCUGUAAUCAUAUUAGUAGCAUUGGGAAGUUUAUUUCUAUUGAUGGUGGUUAUUGUCAUUUUUGUAAUUUUUGGACGACCAACAAGAAGUAGAGGGGAGGAAAUUUUGGAGCAAAGAGAUUUUAGUAAUGAUUUGUUCACAAUAUGGAGUUUUGAUGGAAAAAUGACAUAUGAAAACAUAAUUGAAGUUACAGAGAACUUUGACUCCAAAUAUUGCAUUGGUGUAGGAGGGCAUGGAAGUGUGUUUAGGGCUGAGUUACCUAGUGGUCAAAUUGUUGCAGUGAAGAAGUUUCAUACAUUAGACCCACAAGAUGAUGGAAGGCGUGAUCUGAGAAGCUUUUCAAAUGAGAUAAAAACAUUAACAAAUUUGAGACAUCGAAAUAUUGUAAAGCUUUAUGGCUAUUGUGCUCAUAGUAAGCAUUCAUUCUUGAUUUAUGAGUAUUUACAAGGGGGGAGUUUGGCACAAAUUUUGUGUGAUGAUGAGAAAGCGUCUCAUUUUGGAUGGUUGGAAAGGAUAAAUGUGGUCAAAGCUGUAUCUAAAGCUUUAUCAUAUAUGCACCAUGACUGUUCAUCUCCUAUUGUUCACCGGGACAUAUCAAGCAACAAUAUUCUAUUUGAUUCUGAACACGAAGCUCAUGUAUCUGAUUUUGGGACAGCAAGAUUUUUGAGUUCUGAUUCAACAAGUUGGAGUACAAUUGCUGGAACCAUGGGAUAUACAGCUCCAGAGUUUGCUUACACUGUGGAGAUAAAUUGCAAAUGUGAUGUGUAUAGCUUUGGAGUGGUAACACUUGAAAUGAUUAUGGGAAAACAUCCUGGUGACCUCAUUACAUGCCUUUCUUCGUCCUCAAUCUCAACAAUGGAUGGCAUGCUUUUUAGUGAUCUAUUAGAUCCUCGACUGCCAACUCAAAAAAGAUAUAACGCAAAACAACUCGUGUUGGUUGCAAAGAUAGCAGUUUCUUGUAUAAAUCCCAAUCCACAUUGUAGGCCAAGUAUGGAACAAGUUUCUAUGCUACUAUCCAAGGAAAGGGACUUUCCCAAAUUUUCCCCUGAGAUCACAUUAAGCCAGUUGUUUGGUCUUGAGUUUCAGACUUCAUGAAUUUUUAUGCUAUUCAAGGGGUUUAAGUAAUCUACAAAUUAAAUGUUGGUUGCUGAUUGCAAAUAUAUGUGAACUGGAGACGAAGCCUUGCCCUUAUCUAUGUGUUCUGUUUUGUAGAGAUCACAAAUUAACAUAGCUUUAUGCUCGUGACAAGUGGCUGGGAUUCGAUCAGGUGUUGGAAUCAAGUCUUGUGCUCUGCUCUUUCUAAGUUUGCAUUUGUGUAAAACUAUAGAAAUUGCAGUUUGGAAGAAUGUGUUGGAUUUAGCUUGAGAUGCAGAUGUUUGGAAGUUGAAUUGGCAAGCAUGCUGAUACAUACAGUACAUGAGAGACAAAUGAUAAUGGACAUUCCUAAGAUGGAUGCACGAGAUGCUUUUCAAGCUACUUGUUGCAGAAGGUGACAUUAAUUACAUCCAUGGCCUUGUAGCAUAUUAUGAUGCAUGUAUAUCAUUGUCAAAGUGCCACAAAUUCUAGAGUUUGGAACAAGUAGAAAAUCUUGGAACGUCUUGUUGCGAACAAAUUGUUAUGAAGUGCAGUUAAUGAAGGUGAAUGUACAGUUGUAAGAUGUAUGCAUCCUUCACUGUGGGCUCCUUAAUUUCAAGCUUGUUGCGGAUAUAUCCAUUCCCGCCUGAUCGAAUUCAUAUAAUGCCAGGUCAUCAGUUAAUCCAUUCGCCUAAAUGAUUGAUUGCAGUUUGUAGGCAGUUCAUUUCCUCAAAGACGUGUUAGCUCUUUUGGACAUAUCAAGCAACAAUGUUCUGUUUGAUUCUGAGCCUUGAUUCAUCAAAUUGGACUGCAAUUGCUGGAACCAUUGGAUAUACCGCAAAUGUGAUGUGUAUAGCUUUGGAGUGAAAACACUAGAAGUGAUUAUGGCGAAACAUCCUGGUGACCUCAUUACAUGCAUUUCUUCAUCCUCAUCCUCAUCCUCAGCAACUGAUGGAAUGCUUUUGAAGGAUCUUUGAGACCCUCGACUCUUAACUCCAAAAAGGACACGAUCCAAAAAGGACACGAUGCACAACAAUUGGUGUUGGUUGCAAUGAUAGCAAUAUCUUGUCUGAAUUCCAAUCCACAAUGUCGUCCAACUAGGCAAGAAGUUUCACUGUUGCUAUCCGUGGAAGGGAUUUUCCAAAUAUUUUACCAGAGAUCACAAUAAGUCAGUUCUUGAAUUUGCUACUCCAUGAGUUUUUACACUAUUGAAAGCAAGUUUAUCCUAAUGUAUCAGUUUUAUCCCUAUCUAUUUGUAACAAGUAUUUCAAUCCUACUUUACUGCAUGUAAUUCUAAAUUCACUUACCACAGGAUUCCUGUUGUGACUUGGCUGCUGAUAUAUUUGUUUCCAACUCAUUGGCAGGAGUCUAUGUAUAGUAUAUAGUCUACAAAAGUAGGAUUCCCAAAUCUAGCAUAACUGAUAGUGCUCCAAUGAAAAUAAUCCCAUUCUCGGAUGGUGAUGUUCAAUGAACUUUGAUUCUUUUA